CUUUUCUGCUUACAUUUUUUGCACCUUUUAACUUUUCUCUUUUCUUCUCACAUUUCCUCAUCAUUACGAAUUCAAAGCAAGAUUUACAAUAUUCUAUAGUCUGUACAAGCAUCAUACUCACGCACGCACGCACACUCUACUUUUGUAUUCUCGAGACAGCACUAGCACCAGCGCCACCCACCCUUUUUCGCUCUCCCAAAAUCUGAAAGAGAAUUCAGGUGCUUCGAACGAGAAUCAAUUUUUUUAUUGCAUUAAUCUUUUUAAUCUUUUCAGUACAAACUAUCAGUGGCACACUUACUGUUCAGCGAUAUGAAUGCAGGAAACGCAACAGGCGGUCCGCAUAGCUCUUCGGCAAUGGCGGCACAAAACUACAUGUACACGCAGCAGCAGCAGCAGCAACAAAAUGCAUUGGCGCAAUCCAAGGGCCUUGAGGCAGCAAACUACCAGAACCAAGCUCUUUAUGCGCGUCUCGGUGGCAACAUGGCAGUGCCAGCACCGAUUGCCGGCGCCGGCGGCAUGGCGAAUAUGCAUUCCAACGUUAAUGGCGGCCAGGCCGUGGCCAAUGCUGAAAACGAGACGCUGUACCAGCUGAUGGUUGAGUUGUUUUCUGCGACAAAUCGGGAGCAGGCACUUGCUGAGCUGAGCCGGAGACGCGACCAGAAUCCUGACCUGGGAAUAGCUCUGUGGAACGCGUAUGGUGUGAUGACAAUACUUUAUCAGGAGAUCAUAGCCAUCUACCCUCUGCUCAACCCGCCGGCGCUAACCAUGCCCGUGUCUAACCGCGCAUGUAAUUCCCUGGCGCUGCUUCAGCUGGUAGCGACUCACGAACACACGCGUAUGCAGUUGCUCAAGGCCAAUGUGCCCCAGCUCUUGUAUCCAUUCCUCAGCACGACAAACAAGGCCAAGCAGUACGACAACCUGCGACUGACAAGCCUGGGCGUUAUUGGCGCAUUGGUCAAAUACGACAACCGUGAGGUGAUCCGAUUCUUUGUGCUCACCGAGUUCCUACCUCUGUGUCUUAAGAUCAUGGACAUUGGCAGCGAGCUGUGCAAGGUCGUUGCCACAUUUAUAUUCCAAAAGAUUAUUCUGGACGAAGGCGGCUUCCAGUAUGUGACAUCGCAUCCCAGGCGACUACACACGGUGCUGGUUAUUCUCAACAAUGUCAUCAACCAGAUGGUAGCCGCGCCCUCGGGCCGCUUACUAAAAAGCGUGACAAAAUGUCUGAUCUGUCUGGCAGACAAUGAAGAUGCAAAGGAAGAGAUGCGCGAGGGUAUAUUGGAGCACUUGCGGGACUCGACAUUCGCCCAGGUGCUUGCCGAGGAUGUCUCGUACAGGCGGCUGGUCUACCAGCUGAUGGCCAAGCUAACAUAGCAGGAUUCAACGAAAGCAGGCCUGGCGACAUGUGGGCCCGAAGCUCCGCAUUUUUGCACUGAACAACCCUUGUACAACUCGUGCCAAAAAUAUAUUCAAGUCUCCAAAUUGAUAUUUUUAACUUCUAUUUUACUCCUUUCAAUUAAAGUGUACAAUUUUCAACAAUUAAAUUUUUCUAUCAUUUUC